AUGAGCAGCCCAAAGAGAAGAAUCGAGACGGAUGUCAUGAAGAUGUUGAUGAGUGACUAUGAAGUUACUCUGGUGAAUGACAACAGUAUGGAUUCCUCGCCCCGGAUGAUGCAAGAGUUCUAUGUUCGAUUUAAGGGACCGGAAGAGACACCCUUUGCCGGUGGCCUCUGGAAGAUCCAUGUGGAAUUGCCCGACCAAUACCCAUACAAGAGCCCCAGUAUUGGGUUUGUCAACCGGAUCUUCCACCCCAACAUUGAUGAGCUUUCCGGGUCGGUCUGCCUGGACGUGAUCAACCAGACCUGGUCGCCCAUGUACGACAUGAUCAACAUCUUCGAGGUCUUCCUUCCGCAGCUCCUCCGUUACCCCAACCCGUCAGACCCCCUGAAUGGCGAGGCUGCUGCACUGAUGAUGCGUGAGCCGAAGGCCUACGAGGUGAAAGUGAAAGAGUAUGUUGCCAAGUAUGCCAGCAAGGAAGCCGUCGAUGAAGCAGGUGAAGACACCGAAUCUGAAGACGAGCUCAGUUCAGCUGGCAGCUACGAGUCCGGCGGCGAAGAGCCUGCCGGCACUAUGGACGACGUUUGA